GCCCGGCACAGUACAUUCAUCAACGCGUACCAACCAUGCUGACGACGUUCGCCGGAACCUUAAGCUGCCCAGUGGCCACCGGGCACAUUUUCCAUAUACGGACCAAAUCCAUCGAUGACGCUGAAAGAGUCGAUAUUGGGUUUCAAGCAGACAAGUCAAACGAUGCGGACGCAUUGUUGCACCUGUCCAUACGGUACGAAGAUCAACGGAUAGUGCGUAAUGCCCGGUUGGGUGGACAGUGGCAACAACCCGAACAACACUGUGAUCCGUCGUCGAAAGAGCUGCAAAGGAUUAAACCCGGGAACGUGUUCACCGUGUACAUUCUCGUCGGAGACCAGCAGUUCCACAUCGCAUUCGAGGGCAGCCAUGUUUGCUCGUUCCCGAUCAAAGGCCCGUUGGCUGAAAUGAAAGCCAUCACAAUAACGAAAGACGUCCAUCAAGUACUGUGCGUGGACCAUCGACAGUCGUUCCCAUUCCCAUUUCCGGCACUGCAGAUCGAGGAUAGUGCAUACUACUUUUCCAACGAUGUGCCCAAACCAUUCCUCCCAGGCCACAUCAUCAUCGUGACUGCGAUCCCGUUUGGGAAUCCCCGCGGUGGCUUCAUCCUGAAGUUUAACGAGAACGGGAGCAAAAAGCAAGCGCUACACUUUAAUCCACGCUUCGAUCCGUACUACGUGGUCGUCCGGAACUCGCACGCAUCCGAAGCACUCGACUUCCGACAAGAGGAGCGAUCUGGUGGAUUUCCUUUCAUUAUCGAUCAGCAGUUUAAGUUGGCUAUCGGGCUGGCGGAGCAAGAGUUUAAGUUUGCCAUCAACGGCAGUAAGUUCGAGACGUACACCUAUAAAAACCAGCGUCAGCUGGACGUCCUCAAUGGGUUCCGCAUCGAGUGUACGAAUGGUUUGCAGCUUGAAGUGACCGCUGUAGACCACUACUAUUCGGGGGUGCCCAACUGUAGCGGGUUUGAGGAAUACUCCGAUCCGAACGUGGACAUUAUGUAGUCCAAGUUUGCGCUAUCGGUAGUUCGUUACUUCGUACUCGGUAUGCUAUCUUUCAAGCCUAUCAGCCUGGAGGCGUGUAAAAAACUGACAGUCAUACGUAAAUCCCUUUUUUGCAUGGGGGGAUUUUGUAAGCAUGCGCCAUGAAGGCAAAGUUGAAUCAGACAUCAUCACUUCAUAAACGCGAUGCACAUAAAAUUUUGUUUUGAAAAUAUACAUCCACAAUGUGACA